CCAACCAGUGACCACACCGCAACUGAGAUCUCUCUUCCAAAGGACGAUGAAAGUGAGAGCUCCUGAGUCCUGAGCUAAUGGAGUCCAAGCCCAGCCGCAACGUCGUGCUAUACGCCGCCAUGGGCGCGGGUCACCUGCUCCCCAUGGUCGAGCUCGCCAAGCUCUUCCUCACCCGCGGCCUCGACGUCACCAUCGCCGUCCCGGCCACCCCCGGAUCGGGCACCACGGGAUCCCCCACCAUCGCCGGCAUCGCCGCCUCCAACCCCUCCAUCACCUUCCACCACCUCCCGCCGCCGCCGUCCUGCGCCGACCCCGAUCCGAACCCCCUCUUGCUCAUGCUCGACGUGCUCCGCCGGUCGGUGCCCUCCCUCGCGUCGCUCCUCCGAUCGAUCCCCUCCGUCGCGGCGCUUGUCCUCGACAUAUUCUGCGCCGAGGCAGUCGACGCCGCGGCGGCGCUCCACGUCCCCGCCUACAUAUACUUCACCUCGGCCGCGGGCGCCUUUGCCGCCUCCCUAGGCCUGAUGCACCACUACUCCACGACUACCACCAACCUCAGAGACAUGGGCAAGGCGCUCCUCCGUUUCCCCGGCGUCCCGCCGAUACCGGCAUCGGACAUGCCGUCCCUCGUGCAGGACAGAGAGGGUCGGUUUUACAAGGCGCGGGUCAAGCUGUACGCGCGCGCCAUGGAGGCGAGCGGCGUGCUGCUCAACACGUACGAGUGGCUUGAAGCGAGGGCCAUGGGUGCGCUCCGGGAGGGAGCUUGCUCCCCGGACCGCCCCACCCCGCCGGUGUACUGCGUCGGUCCGCUGGUGGCGUCAGGCGAGGAGGAGGGAGGAGGGGUGCGGCACGCGUGCCUCGCGUGGCUGGACGCGCAGCCGGCGCGGAGCGUGGUGUUCCUCUGCUUCGGCAGCAUGGGCUCCUUCUCGGCGGCGCAGCUGAAGGAGAUAGCGCGCGGGCUCGAGAGCUCCGGCCACCGGUUCCUGUGGGUGGUGCGGAGCCCGCGUCAGGAUCCGGCCAAUCUGCUCGAGCAUCUGCCGGAGCCAGACCUGGCGGCGCUGCUCCCCGAGGGGUUCUUGGAGAGGACGGCGGACAAAGGAAUGGUGGUCAAGUCAUGGGCGCCGCAGGCCAAGGUGCUACGCCACGCGGCGACGGCCGCGUUCGUCACGCACUGCGGGUGGAACUCGACGCUGGAGGGGAUCACGGCGGGGGUGCCGCUGCUGUGCUGGCCGCUGUACGCGGAGCAGAGGAUGAACAAGGUGUUCAUCGUGGAGGAGAUGAAGGUGGGCGUGGUGAUCGAUGGCUACGACGAGGAGAUGGUGAGCGCGGAGGAGGUGGAGGCGAAGGUGAGGCUGGUGAUGGAGUCGGAGGAAGGGGGGAAGCUACUGGAGAGGCUGGCCGUGGCGAGGGCGAAGGCCGUGGAGGCGCUCGCGGAAGAAGGGCCCUCGCGUGUGGCGUUUGACGAGUUUAUCGAUCGUUUGGUGACGUCCGAGUGAUCAAUCACUCAUCGUUCGGCAUUUGGGCGCUUAGCUUACCUUGUUUCCUAGAGGACCUGAGAAGAUGAUGCGGUUCGUGUUAGCGGACGACCGUGUUGGACUUGCACUCUGUGUGCUCCUGCGCCUUCUGCCCCGUUCAUUCACAAAUAAAAAAAGUUAGUAUCUGUGUUCGCUAAAUUACUUGAUGAAGGUUGAUUCUA